GACGUUUUAGCAAGUGUAAUGACCGUGGUUAUCUCUUUAUUAACUAGUGAAAAUCACCGCAUAAAAUUACAAAACUCCUCUAAAGAUAUUGAAAAAGGUGUUUGGUCACACUCUCACCACGGAGUCAGCAUUUGUCGCUCUCAAGCUAGACGUUGAGCAGCGUGAAAGUCAAAUUGUUUAUUGUAAGGUGGUGCUUAGCCCGCAGUUGGUAAUUGACGUCAACGAGGUCGUUUGUGCGGUCUUUGCGCUGUGUCUCCCUGUCCUGGUCAAAGCACUUGUUGGUGUCGCGUUUUCGCCAGGUGCUGUCGUGAAUGUGCCAAAAGGUGUUGCUUGAGUCAGUCGUCACAUUCGUCGGGCGGCUCACCUUGAAGUGCGCCUCAUUUAUCCAUAGAAAUAGUCAUCCUCAAGGUCUUCCCCAGAUAUUGUUACUCAUGUCGUUUUUACCAUUUCAAAAUCUUGCGUCGUGGUGAGCAGGAUGCCUCCCACGAACGUCGGGUUGAAUUGAAAUUCAUACUUGAAAAGUGUCAGUAUGUUCAGUGCUCAAUCUUUUGAAUGAUCUAUAUUUGCUGCAAUUUUAAACAAAAUUUAAAAUCUGGCUAUUUUUUACUAUUGAUAUUAAAUUACCUUGGUUGAAUUAAAUUUUCUGCGGGAUGUUUCAUGCAAGGUUUUAAGAUAAAAUUGCAAAUAAAUAAUAAUUAUAUAAUACAAUUAAAAUACUUCCAUUUUUGGCUUUCCUCUCAACGUGUUGCCAGUUGCUCUCUCAGAACAUCAGCUUUUUGAAUGAACCUUUUUCGUUUUACAGUUUCGCUCUCAGAAUGCACGCCACUAAACAAUUUGCAAGAUUAUGAACACCUUCCAGUAAUAAGUUCGCUCACCCACAGUUUGCAAAGGUUGAUAAUUUUAUAUGAAAUUCUUUCCGGAUAGUAGUGACCGACCAACCGGUCGAUUGGCUUUAAUUAAAAUGGUUAAAUGUAGGGAGGGGAAUUAGGUAUAUUUUUAUAAUCUAAUUUGUAAUUUGGCACUUAUCGAAAAUUUAUUUAUCUGAAAAAUAUGCCGAUAAACCCAUUAAUUUCAUUUUAUGUUGACUUAAUUUGAUCAAGUUUUUCACGUGAAUGUUGUGAUAAUUAUGGUUGAUGACGGUCCUAAUAAACUAGGAAUUUAAUUUUUCUGAAGGCUACAGCGAUAAAUCUGGCACAAACAUAGACGAUGGUCUGAUUUUGCGAGUGAGGACUCUUACACAAAUGCUGAAGUAUAAAUUGAUGACUAAAUAAGAAAUCAAACUAUUAUAUACUCUUUACAUUAAGUAAAAAGGAAUUUUGCCAUAAUUUUGUCUAAAAUCAAUCCACCGCGGAUAAUACUAAAAUAUGAACAGUAUAACAUAAAAUAUAUACAGUCAAAAUAAUGAUAAUUCUUUUUCUUGCGUUCUUUCAGUUUCUUCAAAGUUUUUGGCGCGUAAUUACAUUCAUCUAUUUCCACAAAACCAGUAAAUGAGUAGCAAUAUUAUAUCAUUUUUGUAACCGAUAGCAGCGUCGCGUGGCACGCUAAUGUGUGUGCAUACUUUAUCCCUGCAAUUGAACUAAACCACAUACGGGAACGUAUAUUAAAAUGCAAGAUUUAUAAUUUAAUUCGUGCCGAAAAUGAGGCACAAUACAGAUUAUUGGUCCGGCGCAUUUUGUCCCAAGGAUACCGCACACGUGAAUAGCCAAAGUCGAGCUCAUCUUUUCCAAUCAGCACGCUGUGAAUAAAAAACACGUGCCGUUUGCAUGUCACGCGGCUACAUCUCUGUUUUUUUUUUGUGAAUUUGUUAGUCGAUUAUUCAUUAAAAACCAAAAAAUAUGAUUUUUGAAAAGUCUCUUGGCCAAGAAAAUUGAAUUUGAGAAGCAAAUAUUUUUGUAAUUAUAUUUUUGUAUUUAUAUGGAUUUAGUGCUGUUUGCCCGUGCGUUGAAUAAAUUUUUAAAAUAUCAUAACAAGGAAUUUUCAUAUGGAUGAGUUAAACUGACUUGAAACUACCUUCGCCAACUUCAAAUUCAUCGCGCUGAACCAAACUUUGUAAACGAAGCUGGGUGUCCCAAAAUAACUCAUAUGAGGAAACAGCUGCUUUGCCAAGAUCGAAAGAGAAAAGCGUACAGUAGGUGCGUUUUAAGAGUGGAUUGUAUUCGCAUCUUCAAUUAAGUUCCUUUUAGUUUAUAUAAAGCCAGGAACUUCAAAUAACAUGGACGGCUCUGUAACGGUUACCGAAACGAUUGGAAACGAACAAAAGCCGUCUUUAGUAUUAAACGGAGGUAGCGGAAACAAAAAGGCCAGGAAAAAGAAAGCGCGAGCGAGUAAGCCGCCCGGUGAAAAAGCUUUGGUCGAGAGCCACUGGGAAGAGCUGCCGGACCUUAUCAUAGAGAGGGUUUUUUCCUAUCUCUCAAUUCGCGAUCGGUACCACGCGUCAAUCGUGUGUCGACGAUGGAACGACGCCUUCUACCUGCCCUACGUCUGGUCAAACUUUGUCAUGAACGACAUGACACUAGUCAGACGCAAGUUCAACUAUUACAUGGGAUGGCAGCAUGUUUUGGAUCAUAUGCGAACACAAAACUGUCUAGCGACGAUCGGGAGAUGUAUCAAGACACUUGUUUUCGAGCCAAUGUUCAGCUUUCACAAUUUGUACGAAUUUAUGGUGAUGCUUUGUUACUAUGCCGAGAGGAACAAGCAGGAAAAGGCUGGAAAGGUGAUUUACCACAAGGGAAACAUAGUACCGGUGUUAGUUGAAGUCCGCGGCGGCGGGCAAGGAAUCGGCAGCCGCAUCUCGACGCUGCGUUUUACCUUUCCAUGCAACAUGGCUGCAACGGCGCGCGAGGAGGACGAGUAUGUUUUCGGCACGGGAGGAAAGCUGCUAGAGUCAUUUAAAAGGCUGAUGGGCGGUCUAGGAGCCACGCUAAAGCACUUGCAACUCGAGGACUUGCUUCUCGAAAGGUAUGAAGCACUGACUCUUUUAGACGACGUGUGCUUUUCCGGCUGUGAGAAACUGCGAACGCUUACCCUGAUAAACGUGACGAAAAUUCCUUGCCAAAUGCUGCACGCCGGCGUCUUUGUCAAUUUGCGGGUUCUGACGCUGAGCCCGCAGAGUCUGGGUGUGGACUUGCUCAUGCUGCUCGGCGAUUGUCCACACCUGCACCACCUACACGUGGUGCAGAACCGCUACACGCCCGACAACCUGUCCACCCUGCCGUGGAAAGCGUGGCGCGCCUGCCGCUGGGACAACCCUGCGCUCAACGUUCACUUGCAGCUCGAGAACGUGCGCAGUGGAGAAGUUGUCUGGCAAAUUGGUGCGCCAGUCCGCUCCAUCCUCUACAAGUCAUGUCACCUCAAGGUCAAUUCCAGUUCGAUUUUGACUGCAAUUGACCAGUACAGAGCUGACCUACAGGUUUAUGGCCACGUAGGCCUACCCAGGUUUCAUCGGACAAAAUCUUACUCGGAAAGAGCAGAUCCGUUGCUUCUGCAUUUGUGCAGACAAUGUCCUAAUUUGCACACUCUUGUUGUCCGCGAGCGCAUCUCAACGGCCACGGUGCUGCUGCUGGCGCAUACGGGGCAAAACCUGCGCUUCAUGCACGUGCGGCGCAACGCAGUGGUGCUGCGGUGCGACUGUCCACGCGCCAUCGACUGGAGCGACACCUUCUACCGGUGGCUGAAGACAGCGAGCCGCUCGUACGCGGCGACCGAGCGCGAGGUGUCGCAGAUCCUCGGCUGCCAGUGGGCCAUGCUGAGCGACCGCCAAUUCAAGCUGAUGACCGUCGAGCUGCACGAGUCGCCGUUCAAGGUGCACACCACCAGGGCCUCGUACCACACGUACGUGCCGCCGCCACUGCUGCCCGUUGCCGAAAAGGUGGACCACACCGUGCCCAUGCAGCAGCGCAGGCGGAAAAAGGGGAAGAUGAGAAAAGUCAAGUAAUUAUUUCAUUGAUAUAAACUGUGAAAUGCAGAAUUGUGAGCUUUAAAUGCAGUGCAGGCAGGGAGUGUUAUUUUGUUUUCAGGGAAAGAAAGACUAGACUUGGAAAUUUCGGUCGAGUUUUUUCUCCAAGCCUCGAAAAAGAUAAAGAAACGGCAUUAUAUAUGAAAAAUGUUAUUAUGAUUCCAAAAGUGGUUUUGAUUUUUUUUUCAAAAUUGAUAAUCAUCUAUGGUGGAAAAAUUGUAUUCAAUUUUGAAAGAGUUGAAAAUCUGGGUGCUACUUUCGCACUAAAUGAUGAAAUUUAUCAAUGGCAUUUUCCGUGUUUAGAUAUCACAAGUUGGAAUGGGAUAAUCGAAACUCAGUAUGUUGAAUGCUUCUAGGAAGGUGAUCAACCAAGAGUAUUUCAUUUUUCCGAAAUUCUUGAAUCUGAGCGAGGUCAUUUUUAAUCUAGAGUUCAUAACAAAGAAAAAGAAAAUAUAACUCAAUCAAGCAGUGUAAUUAAGGGUUUCCAGAAACUACCUGAAGCCAGGACCUUCACUCUAAGUGCCGUUUUGUUGCCAUUGUCUCAUUUUCACUUUUGGAAGCGGAGAUAAUUAAAUUUUGAAGCGAGUAGAGUUUUUUAAAAGCCCACAACUUGUACCCCUGUAUGCCAUGCAGUUUCGGAAAAAUUAUAUACUAUUGGUUGAUUACCUUUCUAGAGAGGCAAUAAUCAACAUACCAAGUUUCAUUCAAAUCUAGUGACCUUUCCUAAGUUUUUGUCAUCUAUCAAUGGUAAAAUUCAUUGUUUUUAUAACUAGUAUUUUAAUAAAAAAAUUAUUGACUAGAAAAUGUGAAACCCUGGACUGAAAAUCGACUGAAUUUUCCAAGUGUCAGACAGACCCUGCGUAUUAUGGAUGAUGUCUUGUACAUUUUAAGAGAUUUUAUUGUCAAUUGGCAUCCAAAUAAAUUAUAUUUUUCCCAAAACAACGAAUUCCUAUACAGCACGAUAUUGAUUUUUGGGCAAAAGUUAAAACGAAAAAUGUUAUGCGUCACGUUAUAACCUUUUUAUUGAUAAAUGUAUAACUGAACACAUCUUUUACAGAAAUAUCCACGACUCUGCGUGUGUAUAGCGUUUUAAUAAAAAGAUAAGCUCACACUUGGAGAGGGAACAACGCGUUUGCAGUUCGUCCUCUCGUGCAGCGCCGUUUUGGCAAUGCCAAAAAGAUGCACUUGUAUAUAUUU